UCACUCCAUCUACCAUUUCACAUUCAAAAUACGCGAGAUAACGGCAGAGGGGAUGCAAUUGUCACCACUUAGUGCUUGUUGACACGCACAAUAAAGCAGAACUCUCCUCUCCGGCGCUGACGGGGAAGGUCCCAGUCGGAUAUUUACAGUCCGCUAGCUAGGUGCGGGUAACAGUUACGGCCGCCUCGCUAGCCCCGCAGUGCAGCGGCCGACCGGGGCGUAUGUGGCGGGCUGGCCACCAAAUGCAGCAAGUCGGCUUGUUUUCCAACAGGAACCCAGCGUCGACCUUGAAAGUUCUAACGAGAUGACAUUUUAUUUAUAGCUACUGGGCUGCUCAGGUGUAUAUGUGUAAGCAUUAAACCACUUCGUAUUACACCGUUAAACGAGCGCCCGAAUUAGCUGAACUAUGAACAAGCUUUUCCUGUGAAAGAUGUAGUUCGAGAAGAUUUACGCUCCUGUCGAACGACAAUUGGCAACGGGUAGCAUCCCUCGUCGAAAACAAUGGGAAGCGUUAGCAUUGAGCUAGCCGAAACGGCUUCAGUGGGGCGGCCUUCUUUCCCACGGUAGCCUCAAUUAAACCUCAGCAAAUAACAGAAAGGCUUUGGCAUCCCUUGCUUGGAGUCAACAUCGUACAUGUAUUUUAUCUCCUUAAUUGAUACCCCUGCUAAGCUAACUAGGAAGACUAGUACCAUAACACAGGAAGUCCAGCAGGAUUUCAUGUGUUUUGGUACUGGUUUUGCUGGCACAGAAAUCUUAAUAUGCUGGAUUUCCUAGGAGGGAUGUUACACAUCUCAGUUUGUUGCUUCUGUGACUUUUCUCGAAUUCCUUCCAAAUUCUAUAAACUAAACACACAUGUUGGUAAAAUUGUGGACUAAAUUGGGCGUACGAGCAGGGGAAGAACCUAGAAAUUCAUGUGAGGCAGAACAAUUUCACUACCCUUACAAAUCAAUCAUCUACUUAACUUCUCCAAGAUUUUUUAAGUGAAGGACUUGAUUUCAACCAGAUUUUUAAAAAUGGCACUAGGAAAUAGGGGGGACUCUGGGAUCCUCCCUAUAAUGACUGUCUGACAAUAUGGCAGUAUAUAAUAUAGUACAAUAAUCAUAGGGUGACCCAGACUUCAUAAUAUAUUGACAUGACAGGGGGCGCUGGGCCGAUCCGUAAGGGGCCUAUUUUCAAAAACUUCUAAGUUCAAAUAUUUUAAAAACCAAAACUGCUACCGACCUAAAACCAAAACAGGCACCUACCCUCGCCAUAUAUGAGUCUCCAUGAGCAGCGGCAUCCAAAAAUUCAAAGUCCUUCCCCUUAUAAAAUCCUGAUUAUUUUUUAUAUAAGUAUAACAAAACUUAAAAUGGCUAUAAAAUUCUUACAUUUUACACAUGAUACACAAAAAUCACCAAAUGCAGAGAUAAUCACCUUUAUUUUCAGGAUCAAUAGCAAUAUUUAACAUAUGUGUUUUGGCGCAAAAUAGCUAAAAAAAUUUUUCAACAGCUAAUAAAUCACUUAAUUUUCACAUCAGAAAAUACUUGAGGAAAACAUGCAGAAUCAAUUAUUAAUAAUUUAUAAAUAUAUUAUUAUUAUUUAAUUCUAUAUGCAAUCACAACUUAUUAUAGAAUACUAUAGCCCUUUAUUGUCAUUAUACAGUUGUAUAUUUAGUUAUAUAGUUGUAGUGAAUGAGGCUAGCGGCCGCCUGACAUAAACAGAUUUUCUGGCGAAAAUUCUUGUGAAUAAAUGCUUAAAUCCACAAAUUUCUCAUAGAUAUGGACGUAAAACAGUUUCGAUUCUUGGUUAAAAGCAAAGAAACCGUGCAGUUAGCGUUUAUUUUACGUAAAUAUGCCAAAGUACAAUGCAACUCUGUUAGUGAAUGAGGCUAGCAGCCGCCUGAUGUAAACAGAGCUUUUCUGGUGAAAAUUCUUGUGAAUAAAUGCUUAAAUCCCCGAAUUCUUCAUAUGAACGUAAAACUGUCGCAAUCCUUGGUUAAAAGCAAAAACAACAACAAAAAAAGUGCAUUUAGAGUUUAUUUUCCAUAAAUAUGUCGUAGCGACUGAGGUUAGCGGCCGCCUGAUGUAAACAGGGCUUUUCUGGUGAAAAUUAUUGUCAAUAAAUGCUUAAAUCCCCAAAUUCUUCAUUGAUAUGGAUGUAAAACAGUCUCGAUUCUUGGUUAAAAAAGCAACCAAAAAAAAUCUGUGAAGUUAGCGUUUAUUUUAUGUAAAUAUAGCGAAGUAUGAUGCCAACGCAAUAGCGGCUGAUUUCUCCCAUUGAUUUUUUGCACAACGUUUAAAAAUGCAUGCAUGGUAUGAAAAAUGUAAUAAUUACCUUGAAUCCUCGAACAAAUCACUCCUGAGACAAUCCUUCUUGUUUGUAUGCGGUACAGCUUUCGUACUUCUUCAAAAUCCAAGCUUAAAUCUGGCUUGGACAUGAGGGUGUGCUGUCUUCGAAUGACUAUUACUAAAUGAAGCUCAGCCCCCUUUGGUAAGGCGAGACGCAAAGAAUGACAAAGUGUCUGGUCAAUAGUUUUAAAAUCUAUGGGUGAGCAUUUUUGAUUUCCAAAAAAGAGGACAAUCUGCUCGGCCUCAAGAGACCUACAUUUUUACUCAAAGUUGACUCAAGGAUGCCUUAUCACUUUAAUGUAUUUAAAAUCUCUGUCUGAAUUGUAAAAUUCAGUCUUAUUUAUACUUUCUUUCAAUUUUUUUUUGUAUUGAAUAAUAAGGACAGAAAUCUACCUCCAGGUAAUGAGUCAGCAACGUCAACAUUACACAAAAAUUGUUAAAAACCUAGUAGCUAAACAUUUUAGGAAUAUGGAAGUGGAGGUUUGGUCCAGUCAAUACACACACGCAGUAGGCUAUGUGACAACUAAACAUUUUUAGAAAUUACUUUCAAUACAAUUGUUGUUGACAAAUUGUUAUUCCGACUCAAUUAUUAUCCUCAUACAAUGUUCUAGAUUGCACGCCAACAAUAACCGAAAUACACUGACAAACAAUUCAACCAGCAUGUUGCGGCAUUCUUUGCAAAGCGUCAGUCAAUUUCAACUUACGCUAAUUGGUCCCGUGAAAAAUAAUGAAAACCGGAUGUUUUCACAAAUUAAAAAAACCCUGCUGGACGCCAUGGAUAGGAUAUAAAAAGUGGACAUGUCCGGGCAAAAGAGGACGUUUGGUCACCCUAAACAAUUAUCCAUCCAUGGGUCAGAAAGUCAAUCUAUGAUAGUCUAUGAUAUAACUAUUAGAGGAAAAAGAAGCUACUUCUAAAUGUGGAAAAUGUUUUUAUCCUUUCAAAAACCUUUGUCUUUCUCGCAGACUGAGAAUAUUUCAGUGAAACGUAUCUGUAAAUGAAUACGGCAACACUAUAUUGCAACAAUCUUGUAAAAAAAGUGUCUUACUAAUUGCCUGCCAUUGAAAAUGAGAGCCACCUAAAUUCAUUUAGCUGGGAAGAGUGGCUAUGAAUGCCCAUGUUUGAUUGCCAUUGAUGGUGCAAUUCAUUUUAACAUUUGUUUGUUUGUCCCUCCCCAUAAAAAUGAAUUGGACGUCUAGCACUCCCAUUCUUGCUGGGAGCAUAUUGUCAGGAUACAAAGUAUCAUAAUAUAUCACCAUAUCAAUAUACAGUGGUACCUCUACUUAUGAACUUCUCUACAUACAGAAUUUACAGGUUAAGACAUGCCUUAACGGGAAAAUAUUAUCUCUUGUUAAAAAAGAAAUUUCAGGAUACAAAAGGCAAAAAUACAGUAUGGAUGGCCCUCGCAGCUCCUAGAGCAGACAUGUCCAAAGUCCGGCCCGGGGGCCAAAUGUGGCCCGUGGUCAAAUUUCAUCCGGCCCCCAGCCUCUGUCAUAAAAUCAAUAACGUCUGGCCCGCACACAGAAUUAAUAAAUUGGUCAGCAGUACUGCUACCAGCAUAUGAAGUAACUUACACACUAAAUGCUGCUCCUCAUUUACCCACUAAAAGGCAGCAGCACUCUAAGCAACAUUACCCCGCGUUACCCUUUAUUCCUCCUUUCUAAAAUGGCGACAAUCAACAAAAAAAAAGAAAGUUGACUGUGACGGCCGACGCUUCAAGGAUAGGUGGAAAUUGGACUACUGUAUUUCUUCUCUAAAAUAUGCAACAACUCUGUCUGCGUCAUUUGCAAAGAGACAGUCGUUGUUUUUAAAGAGUUCAAUGUGAGGCCAUAUUAACAAACAAGACACGCUGACAUGUACGACAAGAUUACAGGGAAGAUAUGUAGCGAGAAAUUGAAGCAACUUGAAGCUAGUUUAAUUUUGCAGCAGCAGUAUUUCGCAAGAGCCCAAAAGUCGAAAGAGAACGCCACAAAGGCUAGUUGCGAGAUUGUUGAAAUAAUUAAUUUAGGGCUGUCAAACGAUUAAAAUUUUUAAUCGAAUUAAUCACAGCUUAAAAAUUAAUUAAUCGUAAUUAAUCACAAUUCAAACCAUCUAUAAAAUAUGCCAUAUUUUUCUGUAAUUUAUUGUUGGAAUGGAAAGAUAAGACACAAGACGGAUAUAUACAUUCAACAUACUGUACAUAAGUACUGUAUUUGUUUAUUAUAACAAUAAAUCAACAAGAUAGCAUUAACAUUAACAUUCUGUUAAAGCGAUCCAUGGAUGGAAAGACUUGUAGGUCUUAAAAGAUAAAUGUUAAAUUUGUAUAAUUUUCAAUCAAAAAAUAAAUUACAGUAUGACAAGAGGUGCUUGUAAAAUAAACUAGUAGCUCGCCAUUGUUGAUGUCAAUAAUUACACAAUGCUCAUGGUGCUGAAACCCAUAAAAUCAGUUGCACCCAAGCGCCAGCAGAGGGCAACAAAACACCAAAAAACAUAAGUAACAAGUGGACAUGACACUGUACUGUCAUUUUAAUCUGUUUGAGCGGGGCAUAUGCGUUAUUUGCGUCAAAUAUUUUAACAUGAGUAAUUAAAAAAAUUAAUUACCACCCGUUAACGCGAUAAUUUUGACAGCCCUAAUUAAUUAAAAAAUAAAUAAAUAAAGCAAAUGUGACACACUGAAUGGCUUGCUAGAAUUUGCUUAAAUAUAUUGUUCUACGUAAAGGCCAAGGUCGGCCCUCCACAUUUUUACCACACCAAAUCUGGCCCCCUUUGCAAAAAGUUUGGACACCCCUGUCCUAGAGUUUACUGACAGCUUUCCAUAAGUAUUAAAAAAUAUAUUCUUUAUUCUUGUUGUUUCACAUUAUGCACAACUAAAUUUUAUGUUUAUUGUGCAAUAAUCUAAUUGUAACAUGUAUUUGUUUCGUGUUUUGAUGCAAUUGUAUGCAUUAUAAAAUAUUUAUGUCUGAAUUUUGGGGGCUUGGAACAGAUUACGGCAUUUACAUAGAAAACGUAUCUCUACUUACAGAAUUUUCAAGUUAAGAAACUACUUCUAGAACCAAUUAAUUUCGUAAGUAGAGGUACCAAAUACCAAUGUAUUGUCUCACCCCAACUAGCAAGUAGCUAACAACUAUAACCAACUUCAGCCUGACUAGUGACAUGGUAUUUCUGCUUCUGUGUCAUAAUUGUUCUAAUAUUUUGUUAACUGAAACUUGAGAUUUUCUCAGAUUUUCUCGAUAAAAAAAAAAAAAAAAAAAAAAAGAUGUUAAAUAAAGCCAUCGCUACUAAAACGGUCUUAUACCACUGCAUAGUGGACAUCUGAAUGAAGUGGACUCCUCCUUCUAGGCAGAUCCUUGAGGUCGUUGGUGGGCGAGACUCAGCCAUGUUGACGUGGUGAGAGUGGGCGGGGCUACCUGGGACAGAGGUGCAAGGAGGAGUCGCCGCUGCUGUUAUCCCCCCCCCCCAAAAAAAGACCCCGAACGGGGCGUAUCCUACAGCUUCCUGUUAUUCCUCUCCCUCCUCCUUUGCCGCCGCCACAAUGACGUGGUCGCCUUGCUGGUGGAGAACGUGAGGAAGCCUGGAAGGUGACCCUGCUCAGCCGGGGGACUCGGACCUGUCCCUGCUGGACCCGAAAAAACUCCCAGACUGCUGGCCCCCAGAUGGCUUGAUGCCUGAGAGCAGCUACUGGCAGCUCUGCCCUCCCGCCAAGUCCAGCCUGCAGGGGGGGUUGCUGAGCUCUAGUUUCCCUCCCGGUCCUGUCCCCCUGGUGCCGCCCGAUGCCCACCUUCAGGAGGGGGGUGACCCCCUGGACGACGCCACCUCUCAGCCGCAGCAGCAGCGGCCUCUGGUGCCCAGCACUUCUGCGUCCGAGCUCUCCCUCCCUGGGGCGGCGGCCCCUCCAGGUCCAGCCCCGCCGCCGCCUCCUCCCCCACCACCCAAGCGCCACUGCCGCUCUCUGUCGGUCCCGGAGGACUUGUCACGCUGCCGCUACACGUGGCGGCCCAGCGCCUCACGGGUCUGGACUCCCGUCAGUCGCCAGCAGUGCCAUGGAGGAGCGGGCGCCACCGGUGUCACCGGUAUGGUAGCGGCGGGGGGCGGUGCCUGCCCGCUGCGCGCCCCGAGCUCCUCUCUGAACUCGUCCCUGCACUCGUCGUCCAGCCCCACCUUCUUCAGCUUAGCGCUUUCUCCCGAUUCGCCCCUACCCUGGAACUUCCCUUGGGACCCCAGCGAGGCGGCGGCGGGGGGUGGCGCCUGUUGCUGUUUCUUCCCCUCGCCCUCCUCCUGCUCCUCAUCACCCUCGCCGCUCCACCCCCCGCCGCCUCCCCAGCGACGGUUCUCCCUCUCACCGGUGCUCAUCAGAGAUUCGGCGGCCGUCGCCUUCCUUCCCCCGCCUCCCGUUCCCAGCCAAGCGGCGGCGCCCCCGCCAGCCGGGGCGUCAGGGGCCCCGGUGCCCGCCUCGCCCUCCUCGGCGUGCAGCACGCCAUCGUCUUUGCGCCGCAGCUUGCCGCCGCAACUACCCCGUUGCCACUCGCAGCCCUGUGACCUGCUGCUUCUCAAGCCAGGGUUGAAGAGGCGGCGCGACCCCGACCGCCCCUGUGCCCGUCCCGUCCUCGACUUCACCAAGAUGACUCAGACUCGCAGUAUCGACCCACAGUAUUUGGAACGCGGCGGCAGGCUGGCCUGCGGCGGCGACCUCUUCAUCGGCAUGGAGUCGUUCAUGGGCGACUUCCGGGGCUCGUGCUCGCCGGCCGAGUGUCUGGGCAGGUCCAGCAUCGGCCCGCUGAGCGAGAGCGACGAGGAGUGUCGCGAGAGCGACGAGGACGGCGAGGAAGACGAGGACGAGGAGGCGGACCAGCGCGAGGCGGCCCAGCAGCAACAGGCCGUCUUCGAGAGGGAUUGUACAGAACUGGACUUGAAUUUAAUCGAAGAAAACUGACGUGUUUGUAAACGGGAGGCCCACCUUGUUCUUUUUUUUAAUUAUUUUUAGAUUGGAUGGCUUUUAUUUUCAAAUGAGAACAAUCCCCACACUCGCCCCCUUCCCUGAUCUGUGCCACCCAUCAACAAGGCUCUCAGGAACACCUCUCAUAGGACGAGCUGGAGUAAGUCAAAAACCGACAACGGUGAUGAUGUGACUACUACCGAGAGACGCAACACUUGCUCCCCUGACACGUUGCUCAGCCACCUGAAGCAUUAUUGGCAUUACCGAUAGAUUAAUCGCAAUUAAACUAGAAUGAGUACCGAAGACACAAUUUUUUUAAAUAACUGUGCAUUAGGGCCACACAAAGAAAAACAAAAUAGGCCCAAAAGAACAAAGUUGUAAAAUUACAGGAUAAAGUCAUACUUUGUAAUAUUAUGACAAAAAAGUCCUGAAACUGACUUAGAAACUUGGAAUUUCUCACAUUUCUGCAUAAAAUCACCAUCAAAUGUGAUCUGAUCUUUGUCAAAAUCACACAGAUGUAAAAACAGUGUCUGCUUUAACUAAAAUCACCCAAGCAUUUAUAGAUUUUCAUAUUUUAAUGAGGAUAGCAUGCAAACAAUGACUGAAGGGGGAAGAAUAAGUAAGUGAACCCUUUGCCUAAGGAGGCUUAAAGAGCAAUUGAAAAUGAUUUUACCAAACAAUUUUAAGUCAGGUGUGUGCCCAAUCGCUGAUGAGUUGUUUAAAGCUGCCCUAUCCACUAUACAACACACACCUGGUAAGAAUUGUCUUGAUGAGAAGCAUCGUCUGAUGUGCAUCAUGGCUCGGUGAAAAGAGCUAUAUGAAGACCUGCGAUUAAGGAUUGUUGAUUUGUAUAAAGCUGAGAAAGGAUACAAAACCAUCCCUAAAAGUCUGGAUGUUCAUCAAUUGACAGUCAGAGAAGUUGUCUACAAAUGGAGAGAGUUUGGCACUGUUACUUCUCUCCCAAGGAAUGGCCGUCCACCAAAGAUGACGCCAAGAGUACAUCGCAAAAUACCCGGAGAGGUAAAAAAGAAUCCUAAUGUCUGCUAAAGACUUCAAGAAAUCACUGGCACAGUCCAAUAUCUAUGAAUUCAAAAGUUUAUCUGGAUGUUUUGCACGAAAACCUCAGGUCAUCUGUCAGACAGUUGAAACUAAAAAGGAUGGAUGCUGCAGCAAGACAACGAUCCAAAACAGAAGAAAAUCAGCUUUAGAAUGGAUUCAGAAGAACAAAAUACACGUUCUGGAGUGGCCAAGUCAAAGUCCUGACUUGAACCCCAUUGAGUUAAUCCUGAUUGAUGUUCCAGACUGAUCUGCAGCUACAGGAAGCAUGUGGUUGAAGUUAUUGCUGCCGAACGGGGGCGGCGAAAUAUUACAUAUGAUGGUUCACUUAUUUAUUUUUCCCUCUUCUGUCAUUGUUUGCAUACCUUCCUCAUUAAAAUAUGAAAAAUAUGAAAUGUUUGGGUGGUUUUAGUGAAAGCAGACACUGUUUUUUUUCAUCUGUGCGAUUUUGACAAAGAUCAGAUUGCAUUUGAUGGUGAUUUUAUGCAGAAAUGUGAGAAAUUCCAAAAGAUUCAGAUACUUUUUCAUACUACUGUACUUUGCAUAAUAUGUAUGGAUGCAGCACAGCUAAGUUGUCAUUUCCCGACUUUUUGUAACUACAACACAGCGCUUCGUCAUUUCCGAAAAUAUUUAAAAUUUUGUUAUUUGUGAAAACACUACAUCUCGGAAUGCUACGUAAAAUUGUACUGCUGUAUUGCGAAUUUAAUCUCGUAAUAUUACGACUACCCCCCCCCCCCCACCCCCAGGAAUUUUAGGACUUAACAAAACACCCUAAAAAUUGCAUGCAUGUGUCAAACUCAAGGCCUGGGGGCCACAUCUGGCCCCGUCACAUUAUUUUGAGCACGCCACGAUCAUGUACGUCGACCUCAUGUUUCUCGCUAAAGUACUGAAAUUACAACUUUUCAAAACAUUGAGUUAUUACAGGAACUUUUUGUGACCCUUUAAAACAAUUUGAAUAGUUGCUAAACAACUGGCUUCUGUUUCAAAACUAGCAAUCGUUCCUUUGUGUAUUUCAAGUAAUACGUAGGAAUCAUAAAUUGAUACGGUUUGUGAUUCAUACCAUGACAAAACGAGUUUGACAACCUUGCCCGCAUUAAUCAAAACUAAGCCUUUAAACGCUUAUAGGAUUGGUGAUGCGUUCAGGUGUGCCAAGCAGCUGUGUUAGCUGGGUCCCGUCCCUCCCACGUAGCCACUGAUGCUGUCAUGCACCCUAGCCGUCACUUUCCUGUCACCUUCGCUCCACGUAGGUGUGUGUGUUUGUGUGUUAUGAAUGACCAAUGGCACUUAAGAACAACAUUGGAUAAGGACAAUCACGAUGAAUACAUUUAUUAUUGUUGCUGCGUGGCUAAGUACCAUCACACGCACAUAAACAUACACUCCCCUCAAACAAUUGCGCCACAAUGCCCAACAUGAGCCUUAACUCAUUGGCUGCCAUUGACAGCACUAGACGUCCAAUCUAAUUGAAGUGGGAAGAUGGCAGUGAAUGAACAAUUCGCUGCCAUCCCAUCUUCCCAUUUGAAAAAAACACUUUUUAAGAUCCACAUAAUUGGACUACUACCACAGUCAAUGGCACAGGAAAGAGUUAACAAAAAUUAUUAAUCGUUUUUUUUGUUGCACUUUUAUUUCUAUUUUGGAUCGGGCAUAUGACUCCUGAUGGGACACGAGCACGAUGGACAAUGAGCGGUGAGGAACAAGAUACAAGAGACUCGUCUUUUAUUAUUAUCAUUAUUAUUAUUAUUGUAUGUGUUUAAAAAAACAGAAAUGACAACAUGGCAAUUUGAAAAGCAGUUUGUGAAUAAAUUAUUGAGAAUUAUUUUACAAAA